AUGGUAGAGAAACCCGCAAACGUGGAUGCCGCCGUGAAUACCCCAGUUGUGGUUGAUUCAAACGAUGGUGGAACAGUCGCCCAGGAACUGGAAUUAGAGCAUAUGAGGAGUACAUUGGAAGAGGCGAUUGUGGAAACGCGCACCGGGACCUUUUGCGAGACGGACUCAAUUCUUUUUGGCGCCGCGCUGGCCGUCUGCCGUAUCAUAGGUGCCAAGGUUUCCACGGCUGGACGCGCUACUGGCCAUAGUAGCGCUAUCCCAGCAUGGAGAAGAAGAAUUGAGGAACGUAUCGCAAAGGCUAGAGCUCUCAUCGGCAGACUGAUAUGCUUCAGAUCAGGCAACAACAGGCCAAGAAUUGUGCGCACCGUCAGGAUGGCGUUUGCUGGGACAAAUGUCAGUUUGUCCCAGCCGGAUAUAACGCAAAAACUGACGGAGCGCAUAGAUGAUCUGAAGCAGAGAAUCGCUGCUUGGGGAAAACGGAUUCGGCGAUAUACCGAGAGGUCGACACGGUUCAACCAGAAUCGUCUCUUCCAGAGUGAUCAGAAGAGGCUCUAUGAAUCAUUGGAGCGACCAAUGGUAAGUGGAACGGGUCCAGCACCGAAUCAGGCCGACACUGUAGCAUUCUGGUGCGGCCUGUGGUCAGAGCCCGUAAACCACAGCGAGAGCCCUUGGACGGAAGUUGUGGCGAGUCAGUGUGCGGGUAUUACGCCCAUGGACCCCGUCAUCAUAACGCCGGAUUACGUAGCUGAGGCGGUCCGUAGGGCCCCGAACUGGAAAAGUCCGGGGCUUGACGGGCUGCAUCACUACUGGCUGAAGGGGUUCAUGGUGUGUCACUCUGUGCUUGCCCGACAGUUUCAAGAGGCUCUCAACCAGAAGUCGCUCCCAAGCCUCUACUGUCACUACUGGUAUCACUCAUUUGGUUCCUAA